AAAGAAUAUUUUUAGAAGGGCUUCGCCGUUCGCGAGCCUUUACUGUAAAAACGAAAGAGACGAAGGGAAAGGAGUUUCUUCAUGGCCCCUACGAGGGGAUCUAAUCUUCCUGUCUGUGAAGAACGACAAUGGAGUCGUGAGGCCCCAAGUGAUGUUCAAAAGAACUACAUCGAAGCAAUAGCGAAAAUGUUGCUUUAGUUAACAGAUCGGCGACAUUAGUCGCAAAUUCGACGAAGGAAAAUGACGACCACCAAGUCUUUCCGUAUAAACUUGAGGUACUUCCAAAGAAGAUUUAUCUUGAGAGUGAACCUUUGGAACAAAAUUUAUUUGAACAGGUCUCAAAGGAUGAUAUCCAGUUAAAUCAUAACUUUGGGGCACCUUCUUGUCUUGGAGAUGGAGAUGAAUUUGCUGUGGCUCUUCCUGAGAAAUUAUUAGGAAAAGGAAAAAACGAAAGAAAAGUAAAUGUAGCCACAAGAUGCUUAAUAAACGACAUAAACCCACAUUUGUUCCAAUACCAGUCAUGUCCCUGGAUGAGUUGCACAUUACCGACUCGCCGUCAAAGGUUUUGGAAAAUGACAAAAUUAAUGGAAAAUCAUUUGGUCUACAUAACCAUGUAGCACAUAAUGAUGGUAAAAAUGAUACAAACAAUAAAAAUAUACAAAUGUGUUCAAAACCACCAGCAAUAAAUGCUGUAUCAACUGGUAAAGUAUGUGGUGCAACAACACGUGGAUCUGGUGGUUGUGGGGACAAUGGUGAUAGUGAUGAUGGACAUCGUAAACCACCUUGGAAACCACCAGAUAAUGUACCUACAGAAAACACGAAACAGGUUCGUGAACCAACUCCUGAAUCAAAAAUUUGUCUGAUUUUAAAUUGUCACAUUAACCAUUAUAACUUCCAUGGCAAACCUGAAGAUUGUGGUAAAUGUCGGCGAGUUGAAACAUCCUUGAUGAGGCACUAUUUUGAUGAAAAUAAUUGUCAAUGUGCAUGUAAUCAAUGUUUAAUUUGGACAGACGUUCUCAAGUACCAUGUUAAACGUUGUCAAAUAAACAACUGCAAAAUAUGCGAGAGGACAAAGCUAGAAGCGGUUAAAGAAAGGCCUGUAGUGUAUACCCAACAUACAAUUUCAAAAUCAUUUGUAACAAAUGUUAACAAAGAUGACUUGAUCAUUUGGAAGAGUGAAACUGUUCCUGAGGAUAUAAUGCACUUCAAAGACUACAUAAUGUACAGUGAUUCCUUUGACAAAGGUGGCCAUGGAUCUAUCCACGAUAUUUCUAUCUCUUAUGAAAAUCAACUGAAGUACUUUAAAAAGUGUGUCAACAUAGUGGUAAAAAAGACUGAUACAAUGGGUGAAGAUGAAAAGCAAAUGUUGUGUCAAACAACAAAACAUCAAAAUUUGGUUGCCACUUAUUUAGUGACACAAAAAACAUCUCCGUCAAAACAUUAUCUCAUCUUCAUGGAAAAGUGCGACAUGUCAUUAAAAUCUUACAUGAAAGCAUUGCUUCAAAAAGGAAAAAGGCUUCAGUUUUAUGAGGCAAUGUAUUAUUGGACACAGAUUAUGGAUGUGAUUAAAUUCCUUCAUUUUCGUCGCAUCCCUAUUAUACAUAGGGACAUAAAGGCUGAAAAUGUUUUACUGUGUAUUGAAGAUAAUCUUGUUAGGGCAAAACUAGCAGAUUAUGACACAGUUAAGCUAUUACACAAUGAGUUCACUCAGCCUGGUCUGGUGGCCAAAGGAACUCAUGGUUUUGUGUCACCAGAGGUUCAAAGACAAUUACCACAUGGUCGUCCUGCAGACAUUUAUAAUGCCAAUAUGUUUUUGCUUCAAAUAAUUUUCCCAAAAAAAUUCUUUGAAAUGCAGAAAGCUAUCAAGGAUUUGAACUUUAACUAUAACUGGCAUGAUGCUAUUGAACAUAUAACAAAGGAUUUUGUUGAUCUUGCUAUUACAGAAUUAUCAAAAUUGGACAGUGAUUUGGCAUCCCUUGUAACUCAUUGUUUGAAUAAAGAACCAGAAAAUCGACCAACUGCUGCAGAAGUUUUGAAAGACAAAGCUUUUGUGAAAUAUUCAAACCAACAGAUAAACAUGCAUGAAAUUGUUGAGUUUUUUAACUCCAUGAAAAUGUCUAGUGAUUGACAAUGAAAUUAAAAUUAAUUGUAUUUCAUGUAUUUACAUUGCUGUAAACUUAGAUUUCUCUGGUUUUAUUGGGUUUGUUAGCAAUAUGAAGUAUUAUUGAUUAUGUAAUGUUACACUAUAAUAUUAUUGCAUGAAGUAUUGAUCUUAUCUUAGCACAUGUUAUGUUUUACGGGAAGCCAUGAACUAUUUUUCUAUUAAUUAAAUUUCUAUUCUAUGUAUUCCUGUUUUCUGAUUAUAAUGAAUCACUCAAAUAUCAA